AUGGACACCAGAGCAAUCGUCAAAGCUUCUAGUUUUCUUAUAAUCACAAUCAUCAGCAUUCCAACCAACCUGCUUGUCUGCUGCGCUUUCCUGCACAACCGCUUCACUGAGGCCAAGCUCCUAGCGGCCGAUAUCAUUAUUUGCAACCUGGCCUUUGCCAACCUCAUGGUUGCCGUAAUUCGAAGCAUCCCACAGACAAUAGCUGCCUUGGGCUAUGUGAACCUCUUUGAUGACGUUGGCUGUAAAAUUACAAUCUUCUCCUUCCGUGCCUUCCGGGGCCUCUCUAUUAGCCUUACUUGCCUGCUUUGUGUCUACCAGGCUGUAGCCAUUUCACCUGCCACUUCUGUACUCGCCCCACUGAAAACGAGAAUCCCUCAGUAUCUGAUGUACAUCAUCAUAUUCCUCUAUUUCCUGUACUACUCCACCAGUGUUAUGACUGCCCUUAAUGCUGUUUUUAACCUCUUUAACAACACCAUUCCUCCAUACACAUUGAAUUUAGAGUACUGUUUUAUUUUGCAUAAGGACUACUUUACAUAUAUCUCGAUAGGUUUUGGGGUCAUGUCCAGAGACCUUGUGUUCAUAGUGCUAAUGAUCAUCAUGAGUGGCUAUAUCCUAAAACUUCUUUAUCAACAUGGUCAAAAAGUAAAGAGCAUCCGCAGUUCAGAUCGUAGUCAAAAGGAAGGGAGAGCAGAAACCAAAGCUUCAAGGGCAGUGGUCACCUUGGUCAUCUUGUAUGUUGUCUUCUUUGGCAUUGACAAUGUCAUCUGGCUGUACACCAUGACCAUCUCAAGGGUGACACUUCUUAUUUCUGACAUCCGGGUCUUCUUUGCAACCCUUUACACUUCAGUAUGUCCCAUUGUGGUCAUCACGACUAAUCCAAAAGUCCAGAGGAAAUUAAAACUUGUCAAGAUGAAGAGAGAAAUCCAGCCGACAGAGAGCAGUACAUGUACGUUGUAA